AUGGAAGAGGGAAAGGAAUAGUAAGUUUUAAUUAGCGACUAUCUUUUCAAAUUAGUAAUUGUUGGUGACUCUUGUGUUGGGAAAUCAUGCUUAUUGUUACGUUUUGCAGAUGACUCUUUCGAUAAGAUCUCCAUGGCAACAAUUGGUGUCGAUUUCAAAAUCAGAACUUUAGACUUAGGAGAGACCUCAGUUAAAUUACAGAUUGUAAGUGCUAGGUAGUGGGAUACAGGAGGGAACGAGCGAUUUCGCAAUUCUAGAACUUCUUAUUAUAGAGACGCUGAUGGAUUCAUGAUAGUUUUUGACAAAACACACCGUAAUUCCUUUGAAAAUACACAAAUGUGGAUGUAUGAAGUUGAUCGCUACGCAAAUAAAAACGCCAUCAGGAUUCUGGUCGGAAACAAAUCAGAUAUUGAAAAUCGUUAUCAAGUUACUAGAGAAGAAGCUGAAGAGAAAGCCAAGAGAUAUGGAAUCCCAUACAUUGAAACAAGUGCAAAGAACGCGUACCAAGUCGAUUUAGCUUUUGAGACGAUCGCUAGAGAAUUAAUAAAGCAAAGAAAAGCGCUUGGAACCCAUAUCGUCUCUCAGCCUGCUCCUUGGUCAGUUUGACAACACAUAUAG